AUAAUCGAUUGCGGUAAAAAUAAUGACGAUCGUCAAGUUCGUCUAACACCAGAAGAAGCGACAAAAGUAUUAAGCGUGCAACUGGAGCAGAUCCUGCAAUCGUCUUCUUCCGGCCGCAAUAAGGAAGCAGCUACGUUAAAACAAGUUUCGGCUGAAUUUACGCGCCGAUACGGAUAUGCAUUAAAUGCAGAAGUUUAUAAAUGCCAAGAUAUCGAGCAAGUUUUAAUGAAGCUGCAGAAUAUAAAGAUUUCUAAAACGCCGGAUAAUGGAAUUAUUCUGGAAUUGCAAAAUUGUGUUCAAGAAUCUAAUAUGUCCAAUAAGAUAAUUACUGGAUUACCGCCCGGCUAUGAUAGUAGAUACAAAAAAACGCAAGCAAAAGUCGAAUUUCGGCCAAACGUUUGGAAACAAUUACAAAUUAUCUUCUGCUGUCGGAGACAGAUCAGUAAAGCCACAAUACUCCAGUUUCUUCAAAUCCAUUGACAAACCAGAACCAACAAAUUAUAAUUUUAAAACGUCAAUUUGUGCGAAAGAAAAUGAACAUGAUCUAUCUCGAGACGGUUCUCUAAUCGCAAGUGUUGAUAAAGAUUCGGCUUAUAUUGCAAAUCGU